AUGGAGACUCGCGACAUCGACAUUCGUCCGCAGGGGUCGGCUGUUGGCGUUAAGCAGAGUCUGGAGAAGCUCAAAGACAGUGCGUCAUUCCCAGGCCUGGAAACUAGCGAGUAUCAACUACUAACAUUUCACUUAACAUUUCACUCACGACACCUUUGCAAUCAACAACACAUCGCCUUUCCCAUCACCACGCACCUGGCCUGGACUAGAGUGGACUGGACUGGACUUGAUAAAUGGAUUGAAACUGGAACAUCAACUUCCACCGACCACAUCACCGUGCGCUCGUCUCGCAGAAUGCGCCUCUUCCUCCUCCCUAUAUCGACGCGCCGAACCCUGAUUUACUGCCAGCGCCUCAACGUCACUACCGCGGAGCAGAAGAAAGGAUGGGCGACUUGGGGUAUUUCGAAGGCGGAGAAGCUCUGGACAGAUUGGGAGAAGAAGGAGUCGGGCUGGCAGAAGUGGGUUGUGGACAAGGGCAACAUCGCUCUCAAGAGGAUCCCGUAUGAGGAAUGGGGCCUGAAGUCAAUCCCUCCCCUGUCUGCGCGCAGGAAGGCAGAAGAGCUGCAAGGCCAGGAGAUGGUGGAGGUGUUGUUUCCCACGACUUUGAUUCCGCAAGAGACAGUUAUGGGAGUCCUCAGGAAAUUAGGAACAGAAAGGCAGUCAUUGCAUAAGCAGCGAAUCAUAUAUUCCAUCGUAGGAAUGCCCCUUGUCGCUCCAUUUGCACUGGUCCCAGUUAUACCAAAUCUUCCUUUCUUCUAUCUCGUGUACAGAGCCUGGUCGCAUUGGAAGGCCCUGUCGGGCUCCAAGCACGUUGAAUUUCUGGUUAAUAAGAACUUAAUCAACGCCACGCCUUCGAAGAUCCUUGACGACCUCUAUUCAGAUGGACAACGACCAUUUGAUGCUGUCUCGGAAACGAGUGAAGAGCCACCGAGUCACAAGGGCGGCAUCGAUUCGGAAGAGAGAAUGGUGCUCCACAAGUCUAAUGGGAAGAAAAUUGCUGAAGGACUAGAGGUACCCGAGUUGGAGAUCGAGCUAGAUCGGGCGGUCUGGCAGGUUGAGACAGCGCUUUGGAACAAGAAGGAGCGCAAAAAAGAACAAAGGGAUCUGAAAGAAGCGACUGCGGAACCGAAGGGGAAGCUAUGA